AGUUUUUUUCUCCCCAUGUUUUGUUUAUGUUUCUCAUGCUGAAACCACUUGAGAAUUACUUUACACAACUUUUUAUUGAAAAUAUUUUCCACUUAAGCUAAAAUUAAGUCAAGUGCAAAAUGUUGGAAGAGGUGCAGUACAUAAAGCUUCCAUCGAAAGCCUACCGAACGAUACCCAACACGAGCAAGAUGCAUUUUGCCGUGGAUGGAAUACCGCCCAAGCGGCACUUUGUGAAGGUGAAUGUGGCUGAAUUUGUGAACGAGAUCAAAAAGCGACCCAUUCUGUACAACGUGCUGCACAAGGAUUACAAGCGGAUAUGUUUGCGAAACAACUCCUGGGUGGAGGUUGCGCUGGCAAUGAACUUAUCCGUGCAGGAGUGCAAGAAACGGUGGCGCAGCAUGCGCGAUGCAUUUCUCAAGACCGUCCGCAACAAGAACGAGAAGGAGCGCAAAUCGUGGAUUCACUACCGGUUGCUGGAGUUUAUGCUUCCGUAUGUUGCCUUCCCUAAAGAUGACUACGAGACAGCCAACGAAUACACUCAGGGCAGCGAUAUCGAAGAGAGCAUAGAUUACGUUGAAUUUGAUACCGACGAGGAACUGUACGAUGGUCCCGUUACCGUGUCCUACGUGACACAGGACGGCAAACAGGUGUUUCAGGUGAUGCAUACACCCGCCCAGGAAGGCAUCCCGGCGGGUGGUGUUAUAAUCCAGGAAGAAACGGAAGAUGAAAUUGAGGAUUGUGGCGAAGAGCAGCUUCUUCAACCGUUUGCCUGCAAUUCAACGGCAGGGACUGAAUAUCUGUUAGCAUCCUGUACGGAUGACGAAAGUGAACACGAAACGGUACUAUACGAAGAGCAACCUAGCACAGCGAUGAUUCACGACGAAAAGCUGUCGGAACCCGUCCCUGACUGUCCUACAGCCUGGAACUCCCAAGAACAGCCAGACGACGAUACGAUACAGACCGAACCACAUCCUCCCAGAAAACGCACAAGAAUGGAACCCACAAAAGUACCAUCGAACGUUUCUUCAAGACCAUCGUCACCUUCCCCGGCUCCGUCGGUAUCAUCGGCAGCACCAGCACCACCAAAUACGCCACCGCAGGAAGAAUCGAAAGAAACAGACGCACGGUUAGGAAUUACGGAUCCGGACGAACGGUUUCUUCUCUCCUGUGCACCGAUUCUGCGAAGGCUACCGAAUAAGAAGAAUGUCCUAGCAAGGCUUAAAAUACAGCAGAUGCUGUUCGAGCUGGAGUACGAUGAGAAGUAUACGUAUGAAGGAACGUGAUCGAAAAAGAGUCUGCGACUGCAUUUUUUAAGUUCAUUCCCCGUCAGGUUUUUUUGUAAGGUGUGUUUUUACGAAGCAUCUCAUAAGUCACGAACCCAAGAUGGAAUGGGUUUUUUUUUAUAACGGCAAUAGUGCAUAGAAUAAUUUAAUCUAAUCCACGUGUGUGAAUAAACAAUGAAUACUUUGCUGCAUUUGUAACUCGAAA